AUUGAGGACGAAUUGCAAAUGAGAUGGACGGCGUCUCGGCCUAAAUAGAUUGGAAAAUGCAAAAUAUCUCGUUCUUGUAGCAGCUACCGCCGCAUUUUUCGAGUUUUAUUUAGAAUUAUGGAUGACAAUGAAUUCAAUGCAAGCAUGGAUUCAGAAAGUGAAGAUGAUGGGAUCUUGCAAGAUGGCAUGGAAGCUCAAAUAGCAGGAGAUGAAUUUUCAACAGUAAGGAACUCUGCUGCACAUCCAUGUAAUGAUGGGGAGACUGGAAGAAUUAGUCGGACGACUGAGGAGGAAGAAGAAGAGAUGGAUUAUACAUCAGGAAAUGAAUAUCAAGAAGAUGUAGGAGAGGCAUCUGUCAGGGAAGGAGAUACGUUUUACAGUUGCCAUGAAGACUUUCACCAAAUGAGUGGAUUUUCUGAUAGGGGAAGUUGGGGGGUUGAAGGAGGGGGUCCACGUAGCCCUGUAGGCUCCCCGCCUGAGAGCCCAGAAAUGGCAAACAGUGGUAGUGAGACGGCAGAGUUUGAUGACACUACUCCAUCAGAGACUGAUACUUCUGUUAGGUUACAGAGUGAAAGACUAGAGCGAGAAGGUGAAGAGGAGGAAUACAGCAGUUUUGUGCACGCAACACCAGCUAGUCCCAUGACAAGUACAGCAGAGAGUGCGGACGAAAAUUACCCGUCAACUACUCAAGAAAGCGAGGCACUAGAGUUUUCUGAGAGUAGAGAUGAGGAAUCUGACAUGUUUGAAAGGGGAGGGGACGAUAAAUCUGAUACUUUUGAAAGGGAAAGAGAGGAUGAACGACCAUCUUCUAGUGCUGAUGUUGUUGUAGAUUCUAGUGAGGAGAUUGAGGAAACAGUUAAAUCACCGACUGUGCCUUCCUUCGCACAGGACAAUUUCCCUUAUGAUCAAAGGACAGGAGUUAGUACAACUUCGGGUACUGAACAAUCUGCCCAAGAGCCUGAGGAAGAUGAAGUCGGAGAAAAGUAUCAAGAUACAGAGCAGUUAUUCCCAGUAGAUGAUAAGAAAUUAGAACUUCCUUGUGUGGAAGAUGAUGGUAUUGAAUAUAAUCAAGGUGACCAAAGUACUGAGGAUGUUGAUACAAGAACUCAGAAGGAUGAUGAUAUCUUACAGCAAGAUCAAGGUGAUCAGGAGCAAGGAGUGCACAGUGAUAUUCAAAAAGGUGACACAUUUGACAAUGAUGAUGAUCAUUUAGAUUUGACAGUGCCAACAGAGACGACAAAAAUAUACAGGAAGUACGGUGACCGUUCAGACGCUGCAGUGGUCGAGGUGCAUCACAUAGAGGAUCAUGGCGAUGAGCUCGACUUUGAGGAGGAUGUUGAUGAUCAUGCGCAACCUGAUCACCAGUUACAUUCAGGAGAGCCGGCAGAUGAAGAGGAGGAGGAGAAGAAAGAUUCUGUUGUUGAAGAGGAAAAGGUGGAUAAUAAGCAAAAGAAGAACACAGAAAAUGAAGAUUCUGAAGGGGAUGGAGAGGUGAAAGAUGACGACGAUGAUGGUGAAUGUAAUGAAGGUGAAGAAGGAGAAGAUGGGGAAUUAGAUGAUGAUGACAUGGAAGAGGGAGAAGUCAAAGACCCUGUUGAGAAGAAGAAACCAGAGGUUCGUCCCAUUUGUCGUUUCUUUACAAGAGGACAGUGCUUCUGGGGUAAUAGCUGUCGAUUCAUACACCCGGGCAUCAAUGAUAAGGGCAACUACUCACUGAUUGACAGGAGAGAACUUCACAACGCCCAGGCUGUGUUACUGGGUCAGCCCAUUGAACCACCAUCACCCCCUCCCAAGGAAGACCUACCUCCCCCUCCCCCAGAGGAAGAAGAAGAGUUUCUGCCCCCACCCCCAGAGGAACCUCGUCAAGAGAGUGCUUGGGAGAGGGGCCUCAGACAUGCCAGAGAGCUUCGGAAGAAGGCCAUGGAGCUCAAAGAAAAGGGGAUUUUACCUGAAGAACAGAAGACCAUAGGGGACAUGAUUGAUGAAGAAAAUGAUUUUGACAAGGAAAAUGAAUUCUUCCCAGAAAAGGGGGACAUUGAUGAUCCAUACAUGCAAGGUGAAGUAUACCCACAAGAGCAAUACCCCUAUCCAGUACCCCCUGAACAUUACGAGAGAAAUUUCAACUUCAGGGAGCAGCAACCUUCCCCACCUAGACAGGUCUAUAGAGUUCAACAAGAUUUCAAUGAUCCAAGGAGGAGGAUGAUGAAUCAAGGAAGACAGCGCAAUGACUGGCAACAGAAUAGCUUCAACCGUAACCGCCAGCAGCAGCAGUUCAGAGGCCAACGCCCCCAACAGCAGCAGCAGCAGCAACCCCCUUUCCGUCGUGGGAGAAGCCCGGGUGGCUUUGGGGACAAACGCCGAGACGAGCGUCCAGGAGCCAUGAGGAACGUGCCCAGAAGGGACAAGCUGGGGAUGAGGGCAGGUGAUGGCGGUCUGACCACUGGAAAGGCUGGCAAAGACAAGGCAGCAGAUUCAUGGCAGGAUCCAUGGGCAAGGAAUAAGUCACCUGGAAGGAAAGGCAGAUCUACCAUGGGAAGUGGGCGUCGCCCAAGAUCAAGAUCAAACUCAUCAGCAUCUUACAGUGACCGAUCCUAUUCCUCCAGAUCCCGAUCCAGAUCUGACUCAAGGUCCAGGUCACGUUCAUACUCUUCCCGCAGCCGAAGCUCCUCCAGGAGCUCUUAUAGUGGUUCUUCCCGGUCCAGGUCCAGAUCCAAAUCUCCGGGCUCCCAGUCAUACUCCAGCUUCUCCUCACGCAGCAGGAGCAGGUCACCACCUCCUAAGGUCAAAGGAAGGAUAACGGCGCCAAAGCCCAUAGCAAAGCCAGGGGCGCCACAACAGAUAGCCAGAGUUGGGGUGAAGCCUCCUGUCAAAGCCCCUGCUAAACCAAUACCAUCAUCCAAACCAACGCAGUCUCAACAGCAGAGAAGUCAGGCCCCACUUCAGGGACGGCCGCCUGGUUCCAAAGCAGUGGCUGGACGUCCAGUGGCAGCUAAACAACCUGUCAGUAGGCCUCCAGGUGGUCAGCCAGGAGUCAGGAAACCUGUAGGACCUGGUGCCCCUCCACCCAAGGCUGCCCCAGCCAAGGGAUCAGAUAAACAGCAACUAAUGAAGAGCAAAUCUGCUUUCCCGAAGCCAGUACCAAUGAAUCGUAGGUCUCGCUCCAGAACCAGAUCAGAGAGUCUAAGCAGCAUUAGCAGUCGAUCAAGCUAUAGCAGCUACAGCAGGUCCAGGUCUCGCUCACGCUCCCGCUCUAGGUCUUAUUCUGGCUCUUCUUCAUCCUCUCGCUCCCGCUCAAGAUCAAGAUCCAGGUCGUUGACCAGAUCUAGACCUGGAGCAUCAAGGCCAGGACAACCUCGGCCUGGUCAAGUUAGACCAGCACAAGUGAAGCCAGGACAACCAAGGCCGGGACCACCCAGGCCAGGUCAGCCAAGGCCAGGGCAACCAAGAUCAGGACCACCCAGACCUGGAAUGGAAAGAUCGGGACCACCUCGAUCAGUACCACCUAGACAAGAGGCUAUCAGGCAAGCACCAUCUAGGCCAGGUGCGUCCAGACCAGCAUUAGCAAGAUCGGGAAGUGGUACAGCUUCAGGAAGACCGCCACCACGUCGCUCAAGAUCUUACUCGGGCUCCCGAUCCCGCUCCAGGAGCAGUUCUAUCAGUAGUAGGUCAUCCGUAUCUAGUGCAGACUCUGAAAACAUGUAUGCCAAUCUGGCUAGCCCAGUAUCCUCCGCAAGUUCUGCAGAAACACCUCCUGUCCCAAAACGUGGAACCAAAGCUACUAAAGGGUCCUCCAAACCACCAUCGGCUGUAUCCUCCACUAUCAAGUCCAAACCUCAGUUAAAGCAAGACAGGAUGACCAAACCUCCAUCAAAAUCUUCACCUCAAACUAUGCGUGUAGCAGCACCCAAGAAAGUUACAAAGGUACCUGUUGGUAAGGCUACCCCUGAUAGGUCUGCAGCAGCAGGAAAGGUGCAAUCCCGGGCUGUACCUGUUGGAAAGUCAAUAAUGAAGUCAUCAUCUGGAGAGCGACCAAGUAGUAGCACAAAGGUACAGGGUGCUCAGAGACCAAGCAGCACUACAGUGCAACAGGCAAAGACAAAACCUUCGAAAGGAACAGAAGGCAAAACUGGAGAAAGACCAGCAGAACAGAAAAUGAGAGAACGUGGACCUCCUGUAACCAUCUCGAGCAGCAGCAGCAGACCAACCUCUAAUCAGUCAGGCAUUUUGAAGCAUGCUGCUCGUAAAGAGAUCAAACUCAAUCUCAUAAGCAAGCCUUCGGAUGAAAGUAAGAAACGACCUGCAGACCCGUCUGUUAGUACAAGACCAGAAAAGAAAUCCAAGACAGCUCCUGAGAGAGAUCAUAAGGUAGGAUCAUCCACUGUCAAGCAGCAGGCUACAUCAUCUACUGAUGUCAAGCACUCCAAGGUGACCAGCUCUGAUCGCAAACGAGCAUCUUCUCCACCUUCGUCCAAGUCUCAGCCACCAUCAAAGGCUCUGAAGCCCGCCCUCAAGCCUGCCAUCAAACCAGCUCUCAAACCGGCAGCCAAACCCGCUCCCAAACCAGCCGCCAAACCAGCCGCUAAACCAGCUGCCAAGAAGGAAUCCAUUUCCAGGAGAGAAGAGAUCCUGAAGCAGCUCCAGGCUGUCGAAGACCUCAUCAGGAAGAAGAAAUCCAAGAUGAAGUAAAGCUCAUCUCCUAUCUCUUUCCUUUUUCUCUUCUCUCCCUGUUCAUCCUUCUGUAUUUACUACAUGUAUCAAUAUACUUAAUUAUAUACCGAUUGGCAUGAUUUGAGCAGGGUAAUAGCUGUAACCAUUAACCUGCUAAAAAAUGAUCGGUAUAUAAAACACAUACUGACUGCAAUUUUAUUCCUGGAAUAGUGAAAGCCACUGCCCCGCAAUAAUCAAGUGACUUUGGGGCAAUGGUUUCUACUAAAGCCCUCAUGAGAGGUCAAUAUUUUUGUACUAAUCUCCAAUGAAAAUACAUCCUUGUACAUCUUGCAGGUUCUUUCACAAACUGCAAAAUGUGACUGUAAGUUGCACUCAAAAUCCCAUUUGCAAACAAUAUAUUUACUACAUUACUGCAUUGGUCAGAAUAAUUUCACUGACAAGCAUCAUUACUGCUUUUCAAUUUACGAUAUUACACAAUCAAUAUGCUCUAUGCAUUGAUAUAAUUAAAGCAUAAGUCACAUAUUACUCUGUGAAUUUACCUCCAUUACAUAUUAAUGACAAGUCAUCCCAAAUGUAUCAUUACUAGAGUGUUUAUUUACUCACCAUUGUGCAGUCUGUCAAUUUGAAUAUAUUUUAUUGUGUUUUGAUACCAAACAUUAUGUGGUCAAUCUUGUUCACUUCUUGAGCAUUUGUAUAACAUGUCUGGCUAAGAUUUCUUUUUUUUAACACAUUUCCUCAGUAUUGGCAUACUGAUAAGUCUUGCUGUACUACCUUAAUUGCAUUUUGCAAGUUCUGCAGAAUUUAGGAAUUACAAUGUAUUAUUAUUGAGGGUGCAGUAUAGAACAUAUGGAAGGGGUCAUUUGCAUGUGUGUCUAUUAAGAAAAAAAAAUUGUUAUCUAGAUAAGACUUGUCAUGCAGUCAUGCUGCUGUUAUUUUAAUAACUCUUCUGAAAAGCCAGAGAUCUUUUGGAUAUCUUAUUCUUGACAUGUUAUUUAUCUUCACAGUAUAAGAACUUCCAGGUAUGUUCUCCAUUCUACAAUUAAUUUUAGAUUAAAUUUCUGAAUAAAUGCCUAUUUACUCUGCUGUGUAAUAAAGAAAGGUGUGUGAAUAAUUG